AUGAUGUACGAGGGCGCCUAUUCGUAUGCUGGAAUGAUGUGCAUGACGCCGUCGAGUAUGGGCGACGCGCCGCCACUGCAGCAGCAGCUGGAAUGCGAGACGGCCGUCAGCGGGUAUUUCGAGGAGGAAGAGGAGGAGCCGAUGUCUCUCGAAAGGAAAGCCGACAACCUGGAUGUGCCGCAGCAGGCGUCCGCCUCGCCCGACUACCUCGGGCCCCACCGCGCCGAGUUUGUCCGCAUCAAUGCGUACUGCAACACGCCGGAGAUUGACGUGGUGCGGCUCGCGCCGCCGUUCCGUCAAUUCUCGGGUUUCUUUUGUCCGAUUCAUGUGCCGUGCCCGCACCCACACCAUCCAGUACCUGGCCCCCGGCGAGGACAGCCAAGCGCGCAGCCCUCCGAACGCGCCGAUGGACAUCCAGCAAGUGGCCACGCCGUACCGCAAAGCCCGGCUGUAGCACUUCUCGUACCGCAUCCCCGGAUUAUCGAGUUUUUACGGAAAUCCCCAGCCUGCCCGCUCUUCGACGGCCGAAUCCGCGCUCCCUCGCCACGCCUACUACAGCCAGAAAACCCCUCUCUUAGUCUUCCCCGGUUUCGU